UCACACCUCCCUUCAAGGUGAGGACUGCAAUGCCCAGUUGUACUAUUGAUGACGAUGGACCUUGAUUGAUGGGCUAAGGUCCUCUGUGUUCUCCUCAUGGUUGUCUCUUACAACUUUGGAUCUUCCAAAUCACUAUAAAGGAAGAUAGUUACUUAUCAUGAAAGGUCUUAAGGCGAUUCUUUAUUACUUCUUAGUAGAUCUCUUUACUUUGCUCUGUUGGGCACAGAGCAAAGGUGGUCAGCACUUUGGAAGCACUGUGGUGGUAUCCGAUGUAAACCUUUCAAACCAUGGAGAUUUAGGGUCGUCGGAGCCCCCUCAGACUGCUGAGGGUUGCAGAGGAUAUUUUGAUGUUAUGGGGCAAUGGGACCCUCCCUUUAAUUGCAGCUCCGGGGAAUUUCUCUACUGCUGUGGUACUUGUGGCUUCAGAUACUGCUGUAAGUUCAAACAAGCCAAACUGGACCAGAGUAUAUGCACUAACUACGACAGACCGAACUGGCUAGCUCCUGGAAAGACUCCCCCAAAGAUUGAUGAUCCUCUGCUUGAUCCCAAUAGGGAUAAAGCUAACCUGAUUGUCUAUAUCAUAUGUGGAGUAGUAGCUGUCAUGGUCCUUGUUGGAAUUUUCACCAAACUCGGUCUGGAGAAAGCUCAUAGACCGCAGAGGGAAAAUAUGUCAAGGGCUCUCGCUGAUGUGAUGCGACAACAGGGUCAUUGCACAGCAGACCACAUGGAAAGAGAUGCAAACCUCGUCGUUCAUGUGCAGCAUUAUGAAACCAUGCCCAGAUCAUCCGCAAAUAAUUUACCUAAACGCCAUAUCAAUGAUACCCCUACCCAUCUGUGCCGAAUCACUCCCGACCUGGUUAUUGGGAGAGCUCCUACAGAUACAUCAAAGAUAAACAAUGUUGUUCCAACAUCUCCGCAUCUCCCCCAGAUGGCUCAUCCUCAUUCCUAUCCCACAAUGGGACAGAUUUCAAACCCAUAUGAACAGCAGCCUCCUGGAAAGGAGUUAAACAAGUAUGCUUCGCUGAAGGCCGUUGCUGAGAAAGGGAAUGAUGACUUCUACUCCAAGCGACGACAUCUUGCAGAACUAGCAGCAAAGGGAAGCCUUCCCCUACAUCCAGUCCGUAUGGAACAAGACAGCCCAGUGGGUGGCACUUUAAAAUUAAACGGGCAGAAAUCCAAAGUCAACAAAAUACACACACAUCCUUUGUCCUCAACGUACAACCCUGACUACAAAACCUGGGAUCACACUGAGCAUUCCCUACGGCGACAGGCCUAUGCAACUAAGAAGCAUUGCCCAGUGGAAUCCGUUAAUGAACAGAUUCCAUCGCAGAAUCAGCAUUACAUUCCACCACAGCCAUACUUUGUAACAAACAGCAAAACAGAGGUAACUGUCUGAAAUAUAAUAAUCAACCCCUAAGGACAAAAAUCACAGAAGAAACGUUAAUAGGAUUCAGUACAGUCCUUGUAGAAGAUUGAAACGUGUGCUUUUGGUAUUCAAUGUUCAGCAAUACAGAAACUGAAUGGAAAGGAGAGACUUCAUUUUUACUUCACAAUGAAGAAUAAAAGAAAACACUUUUGCUUACUGUUUUUUUUAACUAGAAAUUCAAGUUUAUGAUAAAGAAGUAGCACAAUCAACAGAGCCUCCAUCUUGGCAAAAUCACUUAAGGAUGAAAGAACACAAAUUACGAUGGACAGGUCCAUGAGCAAAUAUUUUUGUAUAAAAGAAAGGGAAAUACCGUUACAAGAACUCUUCUCAUUACCGUUAUUUUGCACAUCUGUGAAAACCCAUUAGAAGACAGGCCUUUCCAUCCUUAAGAAGCAAAAAAAAAAAUAUCUCGAAGAACCUUAAAAGACUGUUACAUUAAAAAGGGAAUGGGGGCUUUCUUAUUGGUGGAAAGUCCCACGCUAAUAUGGAAAUAAUUACAAAAGAAAUUUAAAAGUUUUUAUAAAAAAUAAAGUUAAAAAAAAUAAAUGAAAGAGAUAACUUUCAAGAAAAAUCAGAAGUAAAUAUAUGGAUUUUUCAUUUGAGGAAAAAGUUUGGAAGAUAGAAAAUCCACAUGUUCUUCCUUUCGUGGCAUUCCACAAACUAAGCAGAGAGGGUUAACACUUGGCGCUGUCUGCUAUAACUUCUUAUUCAGUCAAUGUUUUGCCUAUUUCUACUUGCUUAUGACUGAAAAACAUACUAUGUGGGCGGUGCCUUUAAUGUAUUUCUAUUGUUCAAUGAAAAGUCUUGUUUUUCAAAGUGAACCUUUGAUCUUUUAGCUUAUUUCCUUUGCUGAGUACUAGUCUUUCUUUUAAAACACAGCUCAAAAAUUGUUAACAAAUUUCAGUCUUGUUUGACAUUUCUCCUAACUAUAAUUGCAACGUCUGGUCGAUUCCAUGUUUUUUCAGGUAAUAUAUUUGCCUAAAUGCCUUUCAAUUUCUUAUUGUUUUUAAUUGUACCAUUUGACCAGAAAGUAUUUUUUGUUCUUACAUUCCUUGGGUCAUUUUUGUGAAUGUUUUGCAUCACGUUUGCAUGGGGGGGGGCUGCCAGACUGACAAAUUAUUAUUUUUGUUACAUUUGAUUUAUAGAGCUCCAGCAGAUUCCGUAGCGCUAGUACAAUAA